AGGGUGUCGGCUGGCGAACGCCGACGGCUGGCACGUGCCGACGACCACCCGCGCCGCGCCGCUCGGCCGCCGUACCCAUCCGGGCCGUGUUCAGUGGAGCCGGACGCCGGGAAUGCUGUAGUGAACAUGGUGCUGUGGAGCCCGCGCGGUAUGGACUCAACAGCGCCAGUGGAGUCGAGUAGUAGUAGCAGCAGCGACCACGGUGGCGGCGGCGAGGAAGAGGCGGCAGGCUCAGGUGCCUUAGCGAGCCCGGCCAAGAUGAUCAUGGAAGGCUCGGAGCUGGUAACGGCGCCUAGCCUGGCCGGCACGCCCCUGGGCCUGUUUGGCUUCGAUACCUGCAAGGAUCCCUUCUCGCCGCCGCUCAGCCCCAGCGAGCUGCUCAGCUGCGGGGCCGAGCUCAGCGAGCCUGUCACCACCAGCCUCGAGAUACCAUCGUUCUUCAGCAGCUUCCCGACAAUCGGAGCAGGUGGACAGAGCGAACGCUCGAUCAGCAGUCCGGCCGGCAGCGAGGGCGAACCGGAGCUGCUCCGACGCCACAGCGCGUCGCGGGCCGCCACCCCCGCCGCGCCGCCCGCCGGCCCGAGCCCGGCCACUCCGCCGGCCGGUAGCGGCAUGUUCCCCAGUCAGCAGCAGCGGGAGGAAGAGGAGGAGGCCGCCAGUCAGAGCGAGCAGCAGCAGCAGCAGCAGCGACAGCAACAGCAACAACAACAACAACAGCAGCAGCAGUUGGCGUACCAGGACCCGACCGUAUCACAGCCGGAGGGUCAGCAGGCGCCGUCGGCUGCGGCCGUGGCGACGGUCACAGCCAGCGCGAGCGCCGUCUCCGCCCCCUUGGCGCCCUGGCUCUUUUCGCCCUUCUUCUCACUAUUCGGCCAGCAGGCGGCCGAGCAGCAGGCCAGCCAGCAGGCCUUGUUCCAGCAGCAGCAACAGCAGCAGCAGCAGCAGCAACAACAACAACAACAACAACAACAACAACAACAACAACAACAACAACAGCAACAACAACAACAGCAACAGCAACAACAACAACAGCAACAACAACAGCAGCAGCAGCAACAGCAGCAGCAGCAGCAGUUGAGCGAGCAGCUGCAGAUGCAGACGUUCAGCCGCGAGGUGCCGUUCGGCUCGCAGCCUCCUGAGAUGCUUUUCGACCCGUCAGGCGCCUACUCGAUGAAGCCGUCGCCGAGCUACAGCAGCGGCGGCUCAACGCCAGCCGGCCCGGCGCCGCUCUCCAGCCCACUGCGCCAGCAGAGUCCGCACCAAUGGGCGCCGCCGGCGCUGUCCGCGCUCGAGUACGGUCCGGCAGCGGCCGCCGCCGCCGGGCCGCCGCCGUUGGUGCCGAAGGAGGAGCCGCCGGGCGGCGAGCCGCCCGCCCAGCUGUCCCAGUACAGCCAGGACACGAGCCGUGGCCACGAGAUUCUGUCGCAGGCGUACCAACAGUCACAGCUGCCGCUGAAGCUGGUGCCCGUGCGGCAGCGCAAGUACCCGAGCCGGCCGACCAAGACGCCCUUGCACGAGCGGCCUUACGCGUGCCCAGUGGAGGCGUGCGACCGGCGCUUCUCGCGCUCGGACGAGCUGACGCGUCACAUCCGCAUUCACACGGGUCAGAAGCCGUUCCAGUGUCGCGUCUGCAUGCGCUCGUUCUCGCGCUCCGACCACCUGACGACGCACAUCCGGACGCACACCGGCGAGAAGCCGUUCACGUGCGAGGUGUGCGGUCGGCGCUUCGCCCGCUCCGACGAGAAGAAGCGGCACGCCAAGGUGCACACGCGCCGGUCGCGGCGCGAGCCCCACUCGCCCGGCGACGGCGGCGACGGCGGCGGUCCGUCGGGCGGCGGCGGGCGCGGCUCGCCGUCGCACACCGCCACCUCGGCCGAGGCGGCCGCGUCGUGAGGGCGCAGCGGCGCGCGCCGCCCAGCCCGUCCGCCCCAGUCUGCCAUCGCAUGUGAUACCGCCGCGGCGGGGCCCUAGGCCGCCGCCCUGCGCAUCGCAGUGUGCGCCAAUUUGCCAGUACAAAGAGCCGGCGUGGGAGCAGCGCCAGGUCGGAGUCGGGUUGGUCAGCUCUAAGCUCGACCGGACGCGCUCGAGACGAGCUCAGAAUCUCAGCUCCAUCCCACCACCGGUGCGCAGGGUCGUCAGUUCAACGCCUCGGAUGUAUCCGAGAGCACACGCACGCGACAUUACUUGUAUGUGCAUACGCACAAGCAUCCCUGCAUAGGUCAGCUGCUUCUGCCGUCGAGGCCGAACAUUUGAUGGCGUGCGCACGUUGCUGACAUGCCAUCGUGGUUGUUAUGUAUCUCGUUACUGUUCUUAUAUACAGACUUUUGCUUGUCUACACGUGAGUGGAGUUGAACCGCGCUCAUUUUUGAAAUGUUUCAGCGGACUUCUCAUGUGCUGCUUCGCCCAGAUGCUCGUCAAAGACGACGUUCCAUUGAAAUGUCCUGAGUCAGGAUGGGACGAUGGAAAGGUGCCAUGGUUUCAUUGUAUUACAUUCUGGGCUGUCGCUCUUUGCGAGUGGACUGCACUAGUCGUGUUCCAGAAAGCGUGGUGCAUGAAAUGUUUUAGAACGUUUUAACGUGUUUUGGGAACUCAUGUUAAGAUAUUCGUUGCGUUGCGUUUUUGGGGGGCGAGUUUUCCCAUUGCACAAUUUUGAUAUCUGGAUGCUGUUUGUAGCUAGAACAAAAUGCUGAAACUGCCUGCAACGUGAAUAUCCUUCCAUGCCUACUUUAUAUCAUCGUACCAUGUUUGAAACGAUUUGUGCGGGACGCAUUCAUGGAAGCGGCUAUAAGUGCAGAGCUAUUUAUUUUUGCUGCUUAGUGCCCAUGUGAUGUAAAGAUGUCAUAACGAAAUACAGUUCAAUGAACCCCACGCACGGUUUGUAGAGGAUGUUGAGUUGGGCCCUGAUGAACGCAUCCCACGUCUUCAAUAUAUUCAUUAUUCACGUUCCCUGCAUC